AUGCUCGGAGGAAAGAUUGUGCUGAGCAGCGCAGCUGCCCUGCUUUCAGCUACUGGAGCAUCUGCUCUCGUUCCAGUUCUUGACAAGAGACAGUACUUCCCUGCCAAUGCUACUGGUCUCAAGACCAUCACUACUCCUACCAAUGUGACCAUUCGUUACAAGGAGCCUGGCAAGGAGGGCAUCUGUGAGACCACGCCUGGUGUGAACUCAUACUCGGGUUACAUUGAUCUUGCUCCUGAUAUGCACACCUUCUUCUGGUUCUUCGAGUCUAGAAACGACCCUGCAAAGGACCCCAUCACAUUGUGGCUCAAUGGAGGUCCGGGAAGCGACUCUCUCAUUGGCCUGUUCCAGGAACUUGGUCCUUGCAACGUUACCGCCAAUCUUACCACCCAAGUCAAUCCCUACAGUUGGAAUGAGGUAUCUAACAUGUUGUUCCUGUCCCAGCCAUUCGGUGUUGGUUUCAGUUACCAGGAGGAAGAAAAGGGCUCGUUGAACCCUGUCACUGGUUCUUUUGAGAACGCAACGUUGGCCAAUGCUACUGGCAUCUACCCUGUCAUCAACGCAACAGAGAUUGAUACUACCGACCUUGCAGCUGUUGCAGCUUGGCACGUUCUUCAAGGGUUCCUCGGUGCUUUGCCUCAACUCGAUGCCGAGAUUGGCAGCAACAAGGAGUUCAACCUCUGGACUGAAAGUUAUGGUGGUCACUACGGACCAUCCUUCUUCAACUACUUCAACAACCAGAACAAGCUUAUCUCCAACGGAACCAUCCCUGGUGUCAAGCUCGACUUCAACACCCUUGGUAUCGGAAACGGAAUCAUCGAUGAGAUGGUUCAGGCCCCUCACUACCCCGAAUUUGCUGUCAACAACACAUACGGUAUCAAGGCUGUCAACGACACUGUCUACAACUACAUGAAAUUCGCUCUGACCAUGCCCAAUGGAUGUCUUGACUUGGUUGACUACUGCCGUCAAGCCAGAGAGACUGGUCAAGACAACCUUGCCACCAAGACUCUCUGCUCCGAGGCACAAGACAUGUGCAGAGACAACGUAGAGGGUCCCUACUACAGCUUCUCUGGACGCGGAACAUACGAUAUCAGACAUCCAAGCGAUGACCCUACUCCUCCUGAGUACUUUGCCGAUUUCUUGAACCUUGCUGAAGUUCAGAACGCUCUUGGUUCCACCGGAGACUUUGUUUACAACAGCUUCUUGAAAGAUAUUGAAAACUUGCUUUCCCAGGGACUCCGUGUCAGCUUGUACUAUGGUGACGCCGACUACAUCUGCAACUGGUUCGGUGGACAAGCCAUCUCACUCGCCGUCAACUACACUCACAGCAAGGAGUUUGCCGCAGCCGGUUACGAGCCCUUCACCGUCGAUGGCACCGAGUAUGGAGAGGUCCGCCAAUACGGUAAUUUCAGUUUCCUCCGUGUCUACGAAGCCGGACACGAGGUGCCUUACUACCAACCCCGGGGUGCUCUUGCUCUCUUCAACCGUACUAUCAACCACUGGAACAUUGCAGACGGCACUGAGAUGGUUACUGCAAACUUGACUAGCUAUGGUACGCCCAACGCUACUCACACUGAGUCGUAUGUGGCUUUGCCUCCUACCUCGACUGCUAGUGCUAGUGCCAGCGCCAGUGCCAGUGCUUCGACUACUGGCAAUGCUGUGCCCCACAUCUGGAGAUCCUAG